AGUUGUAAAGGGGUCAGGAGCCAGGAAAGGAGAGCCUGAACAAGAGCCGCAUUUUCCUGGGCUCUUCCAGCUGUUCUGCUCAAUCCCGCCGUCGGUUCUGUGCAGGGAAGAGAGGCUGUCAACACAAAUAAGGCAUUUUUCAAAGGCGUAAAUUAUGAGUUACCAAAACAAUACGACAUCUCAACCACAUGGAGAUGUUGAGAAUUCCUCAGCUGGAGCAGAUGUGGCUGUUAUUGGAGGUGUGAUAGCUGCGGUGGUAUUUGUCCUCAUCUGCCUGCUGGUUGUGAUGGUCCGGUACAUGCACAGGCAUAAGGGCACCUACCACACCAAUGAGGCCAAAGGAACUGAGUUUGCUGAAAGCGCUGAUGCUGCUUUGAAAAAUGACCCUGCUCUCCAGGAAGCUGUGGAUGAGAGUAAAAAGGAAUAUUUCAUCUGAGAGGCAAGAAUUUCCACGGAGACUUCCCCACGGGAAUCAAUCAGAAAUACUACAACAGAAGUGCCAAGAGAUGGAUAAUAUUAGGAUGCAUGCAAGCAUCCUAAUUGAAAAGUAUCUCUUUAUUUUGUUGCUGGGUUGUUUCUUUUUCUCUACCCAUGAAGAGCUAAAUGCCAGAUACUUGCCGGUUGAUUUUAUUAGCAACACAGCUGGUCACAGUUGAAAUCAAUAUCAGAUAAGAAGAAACAAAAUCUCAGUAUGAGUGAUACACCAAAACCAGAUAACGAUAGCAAAUGUCAAGUCUUGACAUUUGGUGAAAAUAGCAGAUGCCAAUGGAAAACAUCCUCUCAGAGUUAAUGAUGCAUUCUAUGCUGAUAUUAUACAGAACUACCUGAAAUUGAAUUUCAAAUGGUCACAGAACAAACAUUAAGCUAGAUAAAGCUGAAGUAGCUGGAACAAAAAUAGCUUUGUAGCCCAGAUAUCUCCCCCAUCCCCUUAAAUGUGCAAUUUUAUUGCCACAGGGGAGUUUGCUUUGUUUGUUUGGGGAGUUUGAUUGAGACUUUCAAAAAUUUUUUUAUUUUAUUUUUAGGAUUUUAUAAAUAUGAAAGUCCAAGACACUUCAAAGGAAUAAAGCUGUUGGGAAACAUGGAAAAUGAAAAAAUGAAGGAUUUAUUUCUAACUUGCUCUGCAUGGCAGCUUGAGAACUGCAAAAUGUUGGAAUUUACAGUGUAGAAUAUAAUAGCCAGUAAACUUGCAAACAUGAUUUCAAUUAGUUGGUAGGUUCCCUGCAUGCAUGCAUAAGUAGAUAGGUAUUAAAAGGUAAAGUAUCUUGGUUUGAGCAGGCCUUUUAAAACAACAGAGCUCAGCCAGAUUUUUUUGAGUAAGAUAUUUUUGCCUGGGUAUUUAUUUAUUUAUUUUGCAUUGGAACAUUCUCUUGAAUGCUUGCCAGCAAGACUUUGCAUUUUUGCAGGAAGAGGAAUUGGGUUCUGGUGCGUAUACUGAUAAAUCUUUUACAAAUGCAACCACAAGACUGCCAAUAGAAGGAAGCUUGUUCAGCUGCAUGCCAUUGGCUAGUACUGAUGUCUCCCUCUGCAUGGCCUUUGUACAACCUUUGCAUUGUCCUUGAUAAGAGAAUUACACCGACCAUCACUGCUUUAAUAUAAAUAAAUAAACAGAAUGGUCAUGGUGGAUCACAUGAGAAGACCUUAUGCCUCACCUAAGAAUCAGUGAUGAUGAGUUUCUUUAACCCAGUAAGCUGGCUUCCUAAUUAAAGCCCAAGAUUAGCUCCAGAAAUAGUGUAAUUGUUCUCUGCACCUGCUCAUUCCCAGCUGCAUCGGUGCCCUGAACUACUGAAAAUAGAGAGGGAUAAAUAUGUGAUAACAGAUGAGACACUGAAGAACUCUCCUCAACUCAACAUUUUUAUCUCUUAAGUUUAUAUAUAUAUAUACACAUAUAUAGAGCAAUGUAUACAUAAAGUCACAUACAACUGCUUUCAAGACUCUGUUGUUGAUCACUUGUGCUCGCUUCUUGGCACCAAAGCAUGAAAUUCUCCAGGACUCCAGCAUACAUUACCAAUGUUGACCACAAAAGUGCAAACAGAUCUGACAAGAAAAGACUGUGAGGACUCAAGUGGAGAACUGGGAUAUUUUCGUCUUUUCAAUCACAAUCUCAUUCUUUUCUCAGAAGCUGAAGGAGAUGGACUUUGAACUGCUCUUCAAUUCCUAGUACCUUAGAUCUCAAGUCCAUGCAUAUUUGCAUUUUAACCAAAGAAUAUCAAAAUCUUGCCACAUUUACUAAACGCAUAAGGUAUUCUUUCAUAACAUACUGUUGCAAAGCCAAAUUGUAUUCUGUGGCUAAAGUAUAAAAUGCAUGUUAUCCAGAACUAGCAGAGAACAAAUAUUUUGAUAUUAUGCACCUAUAUUUUUUUUCUAAGACACCUUGCUAUUUUCAUCUUUUUACUGCUUUUGAACAAGGAAUCUGUUUGUAUUUUUUCUGGGACAAGUGUUGUAUAAAUUAACUAAUCUUAGCUGUAAAACUGAGUUUGUAAAACUGAAGACCCUCUAGUUCAAUGAGAAUGUAAAUAUUGCCUCUGAGGGGAGGCUAAAUGGGGUGACUUGAGCUCUGCUGCAUUUAUCACACAAGGCAUGGAAACACCAAAAUUCUCUCCUCAAGCAUCAGCAGGACCUAUAGAAGACUGACAACCUUUCAUCACUUUCUGUCCUCUGUCAGCUACCAAGAACCACCUGGUAUAGGUUUGGCUCUUGAAGAAAACUCACUAUAGAGCAAGGUAUGAGGAUCAUGGGGAAUAAAUUCCUUCUUCCUCCCCCAAUCAUGAAAUUCUGCUUUUGCAACUUGAACUUGCUGAUUUAAUUAGACAAUAGUGACAUACCUGAUACAACAUGGGGAAACAUGAAUUAGAGUCUCCUUUUUGGGGAAGUUAAGUUUUUAAAUUAUGAAGUGGAUUAAGUCAGACUAACUGUCCACAUGUGAACCAUGGGGUCAGAUUUCUCUGGUGAUAUGAUGUGAAUUCAGUAGACCUCGGCCAAUUCUUACGAGUUCAGUCAACACCAGACAUUCUGUCAUUUCGUCCUCUACUGAAUAGAACUACUGGUCUUUGACUAUAUCCCUUUUUUAGUAGCUUAAUUAAAUCUCUUUCUCCCAUUUUCUCUAUUCAUCUGGACUAACAAACAGUACAGCAACAGCUUCCCUAGCAGUAAUGAGCCACGUUGAAUGUUUGCAGAGCAGUGAAUUUGGCAAGAGCUACAGUUUCAGUAAGUUUAUUUUUUAACACAGUCCUCUUGUGUAUUUAGAAAUGACUCCGGCAGCCGAACAGAGAGAAGAGAUGUUUUUUGGAAAUUUUCUGCUUUUUUUUUUUUUCAGGACAAAUUUUGCUUUGUAAUGAAGAAACCCAUGACUUCUGAAUGACUGGCAGAGCUCUAAUGGCCUCAUUCUGCUAUUUUUUUUCACUCAAACAGUAACUCCACUGUCUUGAGUCAUCCAAUUUAGUUGUAAAAAGACGGCAUUACAAACUUCCUACUGCUUUAAGGACUAAUAAUUAGCAAAAAAUCCUCCUGCAAGCAACAUGCUGUGCUAAAGCAAACACUAUGCACAACACUGAAACGUCUUGGUUGACAGCCAUAGCUUUUCAUCAGCAAUGAUCAGUUUUAACAAUUUGCUUCCUGAACAGGAGAAAAAAGGAAAUGCUUUAGUUUCCCCUCAUGUGCUUUUAUCCCACACUUCUCUACUGCUGCAGGCCCUGCUGUCCUGUGACUCUCUGGCACCACAUCUCCCCAGCCAUGCCUGGCCUUCCCAUCUGCAGCCCCUUGGGCUCCCAGUUAGAUCUCCCUUGCCUUCCCCAUGGCACCUCCAUGGCAAAGGAUAGGCCAUUUACUCAUUUAUUACCAGUGAGUAUACUCUGUCCCUCUCUGCCAGCUAAGAACCUAUUUCCGAAGUCUGAAACUUCCCACUCUAUGUCAAGCUUGAUCAAACCUUCCCAACCUGUCCUGAGUGAUUGACAAAGUGAUCCCAUUUGCCGUAUUUUCACAAAAAAAAUAGGUCUAAAAAUACUACUGCAAACUCGCUAGUUAGUUAAACGUAUUGCUGAUAAAUUUCUGGUGUUCACUAAACAAGGGAUCUGGAUGAAGAUCCCUCAAGCAGCCUGGUUUUGUCCCAGUGCCUUAAUUCCUUGUGACAGGUUGGAGAAUCCCACUGUGUAUUGGCCACUACCAUUCCAGGUUUUCCUGGGGGCCAAAGUGCCACUGCACGUUAACGCAGUCCUGCAAGGGAUUUAAACAAACAGUAGUCACAGUAAUUGUAUAUAUUUCUUUCUUUUUAGAACAAAAGGACCAAAUCACCUUGGGAGACUCUUAAUACCAUAGGAUCCCCUUAGUACUCUCAACAUGGAUUUUUCCUUUAAAUCAAACCUUGGGAUCGUUGAGAAAAUGUCACAAAGGGAAUAUUAAAAGGACUGUUCCCUUUCAGUGGGGAACACAAACAAAGUGCUGUAACACUUACAGUAGAAGGAUAGGUAGGAUAGCACUGUUAGCCAAAACCACGUGAGGAUGUCUCACACAGAGUACAGGAAAAGCUGAUACAAGAUGUAAAUUAGUAAAAAAGAUACAGAGUGGGAAAAGGUAAUUAGAUGACAAUAGAGAUGGAGAGCUCUUUUUCAUCAAACAAAAUAGAUGGUGCUACUUGGAGAAAUCAAAGUGUAUUUGCAGAAGGCAACUGAUGACAAUAAAUUUCUUAGAAUUAUACAAGGUGUUUGAAUUCCUUGCAUGUGCUAGUCCAAUCAAAAAAUGCUGGUAAAUACACACCAAAAGAGCACCCUUACUAAGUCUUUUAAGAGCUGUUUAUUCCCUUUUCUAAAAUCUCUCAGUAAUUCACAUAAGAAAGCUUUUGUGUUUGGAAAAAGUAAAAGCUUCACAGCAGUAGUUCAUAAAGGAGAGAACACUAAAGAAGCUCUGAACAAGUAAUGAAAACACAUCCAAGGUCUGGAAACACAGCUAGCUGUAAAGGAAGCUAGUGAUAGCAAAGAAAAACAUACAUCCAACUGUAUAACAAAGGAAUGAAAUGUUUACAGAAGUAGAGGUCUCUGCCUAGUCCAAGAUAGAGAAAUUAUCAGUGGCUGAAAAUAAGGAAUCCUUAUUCUAUGUGACAGUUCCCUGUGUGAUUGGAAUAAACUCGUCCAUUUCCCAAAAUUCAGUGGGACAAGAAUUUCACUGACUAUAUCUAUUCUUCUUGCAAGAAAAUUGUAUUCCUACCCAUGUCAAGAAAGAAACACUCUAAAUUAAGGUAGAAAUCCAUAUAAGAGUCAAUAUUUCAGCAUAAUUUCAUUUUUUUCACAUCCUUUUUCUGUUGUUUCAAUCUGUAUGUAUGGUUGAAAGCGUAUGGUAUGUUGUAUUAAAGUAUAUGAAUUGCAGCAUUGCUGUGACAAGAGAGAACACAGCAUUCAAAGCUUACUGCUGAUUGUAUGGUAAAGCUGACUAUGUUUGUAUUUUUCAAAGCUAUUAAUACAAUGCUGGUGUAAAUUACUUUGAAUUGGAAAAAAAAAAGCUAAGUAUAAAGGAAGAAAUAACUUUAUAAUUAAAGUUGCAAUUUUCAGCA